AUGUUCCACUACAGGGACCAGACUCUUGACAGGAGCCUCCUGGCCUUGUACGCCGGCUUUGUUGGUAAGAGGGAGCGUGACCCGCGUCUAGCCAAGAUCUCGGUGGAAUGCUACAUCAAAUCACUUCACACGCUACGUAACAGCGACGUGUGGGUCAAGAAAAGACCGUCCGCCGCAGAGAUCAAUGCGACCCUGGCAACUGUCCUUGUGCUCUCCCGUGUCGAAUUGAUGUCUGGAGAGGAUGGAAGCGGCGGAUAUGUGGCUCACAUAAGGGCGGGUUUGCAGCUUCUGAGGCGUCCGCACCCGAGUAUUUCCCGCGACAAUGAGCUGACUUGGAUGUUGGCAAAGCGGCUGCGCUGCCUUGGGUUCUACAAUGCCGCCAGACAAAGGCGAUCCUUUUUCAUGGCCCAAUCUCCGUUCAGCGAGUGGUGUUUCUCUCGACCAAGCGAGCCAGACUACCUCUUGCAAAAGGCUAUUGAUGUUGCGAUUAGCAUACCGACGAUCAUGGAAGAGGCCGAUGCUUUAGAUGCCUCGGCAUCCAUGUCAGAAGAUGAUUUACGGCGUUGCCUUCGCACCGCUAAGCGCCUCCUUGGGCAAGCCUUUGAGGUGGCCGAGAAUCUAGAGCAAUGGCUCUUGGAGACUCGAGAGGCUCGGCUGUCUUCAUCAAUCAUCCAAGCUCAGGGCUAUGCGAGCACUGGUGAAGCAGGAGACUGCUGGGAGGAGAAUACCCCUCCCUAUUUUGAUCCCAGCAGCUACUCGUUGCUCAUCAGCUGCAACUUCGGAUGCGCCAUGAUGCGUGUUCGAAAUUGGUUACCUCACCUCCCGCUCCACUUGCGUACGUUCGAACAGAAUUGUGCCACGGUGGAUCGGUACGCAUUGAGUAUACGGAGGUCCGUGACAACCGCCUUGACUGCGAGCGCAUUCGAGGCUCAGGAGGCCCUUGUUCUGAUAUUCACACUGUAUCGCUACUGGAAAGGGAAAGGAGACGAUCACAAUGCUCUCUGUUGCAUUCACUGGCUGGAGGAGAUCAAGAGUCGGGGUCUCGCAGUAGACGUGGAGGUGGACGAGAGAUAUGCCAUGGUUACGGCCAGGUUCAUGGGGGAGCAUCAGCCAUUUGCGAAAUAG